AUGGGGAAGUCGUUCCAAAGAGUCCAUGCCUCUGCCGUGGGCAAUUUCGAAGAUGGCGUCGGCGAAAAGAUUCCACAAUGGAUUCGGGCAAAUGGAGGACAGUUCUCGAGAGAUGUGAACCCUCGAGUUACCCAUCUCAUUGCCACGAAGGAGGCGUUCAAAAAUCAUGCAGCUCCAGUUGAAACGGCCAAGAAGCUCGGCACUAUCAAGAUCGUCGCAUUCGAUUGGCUUGAAGAUUCACUGCUGUCAAACACUCGCCGACCAAAGCCUGAGGGGCCAUAUCUUCUGAAAAGUCUGACGAGACUCGAGAAGAAGGAUUUCCAAAGGACGAAGGUCAUGCCAAAGUCCACCAAGGUGGGCAAGGAGACCAAAGCAAAGAUUGCAAAACGUCUCAUAGGUCCCGCUGAUCCUUUCCUCGGCCCAAAGGGAAAAAGAAAGCCCGUGCGUCGGGUGUACCAGGACCGAAAGACAAAAGUGGUUUACAGUAUUACCUUGUACCGCCCAUCGAAACCACCAGUCACCAGCAGAGAAAAAUGCCAAUUGACUCUUUUCGAGACCACCGCCGAGCCACCCACCUACUCGACCUACGCCAAAUUUAGCCGCAUUGGCGCGUCCAAUGUUGAGCUUCUGGCGGGACCAAGAUGCAAUCUGGAGCUCGCUGUGGAGAAAUUCAAGCAGUUCUUCGAGGAACAGACUGGUAAGGAAUGGGACGAAAGGGCAAGCGGAAAGAUGCCAGCCACAAAGAAAGACCCGGACGGAAACAGCUUGCCUAUUCACGAGGGGUGGUUCUAUCUUGAGGAAAAGGCGACCAUCCUUGGUACAUUCCUGCGGGAACCCCAGAGCCCAGGCUGUCAAGAGUCCACUGGCCCCGUCGCAUAUGAUGGUAUCGAGGAGAACAGAAUUGAGGAUAAGAUGGCAGACCAUCAGGUCGAAGAUGGGGGUGACGAUGAGGGCGGAGGCGAAGGAAAUGGCGAAGACGAGGGUGCAGACGGAUCUGAAGCCGAUGAAGCUAGUGAUGACAUUGACAAUGACGAGAUGGAUGGGUAG